UUCAGGAGGCGGUUGCCAUUUUUUCCAACAGGCUUGCGCAGUUUAAUGUUUUGAUUUUAACUGUAGCAACAUGUCUGCCUCCAUGGUGCGAGCGACCGUCCGAGCGGUCAGCAAAAGAAAGAUAUUGCCCACAAGAGCCGCAUUAACACUGACUCCAUCAGCUGUGAACAAGAUCAGGGUAUUGUUACAUGACAAGCCAGAAUAUAUCGGUUUGAAGGUUGGAGUGAGAACGCGUGGCUGCAAUGGACUUACUUACACACUGGAUUACACCAAGGAGAAAAGCAAAUCUGAUGAGGAAGUGGUGCAGGACGGUGUCAGGGUGUUCAUAGAGAAGAAGGCUCAGCUCACACUUCUGGGAACUGAGAUGGACUUUGUGGAGUCAAAGCUGUCCAGUGAAUUUGUCUUCAACAAUCCCAACAUCAAGGGCACAUGUGGCUGUGGAGAAAGCUUCAACAUAUGAGCAUCAAGGAGCCUCCGUCCUCCCAGCGCACCCCUACUCCUCCCACCCAAACCCCUGUCCCACCCAAAAAGACUGAUAGGCUGAAUGUUGACGGGAAACAUGAGGAAAUCUCUUGAGAUGUAGUUGUGUCUGCGUUACUACCACUGCUCUUCCUGCAGAACACCCAAACACGCACACUCGUGAAGCCCGUUUAUGUUUCUGCUUAGAGUAAGCUCUAGUACAGUUAGUCAAAACCAUCAACACAUUGAUUUUAGGUUCAGAUGUUGUUGACAACAGCUUUUUUUUUUUUUUUUUUUAAAUCUUGCUCUGCGUCUAAACAAACCUUAGAAUGACCUCAAAAGCAAAGUUGUUUUAUUAUUUCAGUGACUGGCUGCCAUCUUACACAUAUACGCACAAUGUCUUCAGUCAAGUGAAGCAUGACACAGGACGUAUUCUGUUAUCAAGUUUGGAUCUAUCCACUAACAUACAUACACGUCUUGGUCAACGUCAGGGGUCUGAUUAACACUGUCAGCCAGUGUACUAUCAUCCAGUGUAAUGUACCAGCGGUAUGCAGAAGUGGAAGAGUUUGAGUGUCUUGAAACUGCUUUAUUAG